UGUUGAACGAAUUGCUGUCAAAGUAGAAUUUAGGGAGGUUAUAUUAUUUUCUGAUAUUGUAUUAAUAAAAGUUAUACUAUUUAUUUGAAUAAAAAGUAUGUAUCAUGCCCCAUUUUUAUCUUACGAUUGAUAUUAUUUCUUCAUAAUUUUCGUAAUUAAUUUGAUCACCAAGUUAUGGAUACAAUACAUGUUGUGCCAAAAUGGCGCUCAAAAUUCAUAUUCAAGCAAUAAACAUUAUCCUAGUAGUAAAACUGACACGUUCAUUGUGAUAACUUAUUUGUAAAAUAUUGUGUUUUUCGGGUAAAUUGAAUGCAUUCAUAUCGAGUUCAUAACUAUUAACAUAUGCUUAGUGAGACAUGAAGGAAGUUAUAUUAGCAAUUAUAACCUUCGUAUGUAGCGUAUUUUUAGUUUUUGUCUUUGUGUUAUUUUGCUGGUAUAUUGUGUGGAAGUGUUGUUUAUCGAAAUUCCGUUUCGUUCGGGAGCUGCUGGGUGGUAUGUCAGAUACCCCCCCUGCAUCUGAGGUCAGGCAGCCUAACAAAACUAGGAAAAUCAGAGGAGAAUAAAAUUACUUCAGGUAAUAAACAUCAACAGACAAGAUGAACAUCAGAUGCGCCCGUCCAAGUGACCUGAUGAAUAUGCAGCACUGUAACCUGUUGUGUCUGCCAGAAAACUACCAAAUGAAAUACUACUUUUAUCAUGGACUGUCAUGGCCACAGCUCAGUUACGUUGCUGAAGACGAAAAGGGGCACAUUGUUGGAUAUGUUUUGGCUAAGAUGGAAGAGGAUGGUGAAGACAACCGCCAUGGGCACAUAACAUCUCUGGCAGUGAAGAGAUCCCAUCGUCGACUGGGUCUUGCACAGAAACUAAUGAACCAAGCCUCACUAGCUAUGGUUGAAUGCUUUCAGGCUAAGUAUGUUUCGCUGCAUGUAAGGAAAAGCAACAGAGCUGCACUUAACCUCUACACUAAUUCACUGGGUUUUAAAAUAUUAGAAAUUGAACCCAAAUAUUAUGCUGACGGUGAAGAUGCUUACUCCAUGAUGAGAGACUUGAGUGCAUUUGCAGCUGAGACUAAAACCGACACCCAGCCAUCAGAGAACAUGGAAAUCAAAUCCGAAUCUGCAAUAAUUUCACAAUGCUAAACUAUGUAUAUGUAAAUAAAGCAC